AGCUUCUGAAUUCUUGAGCCAUUGGACUGCAUCAAGAUGAUGAAAAAAGCCAAGGUUUUAGAUCCAACUGCUGCCGGGCAAGGCGGACUGGAAAUUCUACCUCUCAAGAGACAAGGCAUCAAACGGAGAUCUAAGGUUCCCGGUGUUAUGAUUACACAGUACAUUGAGGAACUUCCUGAGGGGAUGACAACUCCAGACUUCACACGUAAACCCAUCGCUUUAACCAUUCAAGAAGGAAAACUAGCCAUUUUUAAAGCCAAAGUGACUGGAAACCCAACAGCCGCUGUAACCUGGCAAAGAGCAAAAGGAGAAAUUAAUGAUCCCCAAAAGUUUCAGAACAAAUAUGACCCAACAACUAAUGAACACACUUUGGAGAUACCUCAAGUGAGCAGUGAUGAAGCCGACACUUACAAAUGCUAUGCCUCAAAUGAAUAUGGAAAAGCUGUUUGCACUGUUGUCCUAAAUGUAAUUGAAGUUGGAUUCAAAAGGAGCAAAGAAUUGCAAAAGGCUGACACAGCUCCAGCAGGUGACCCAACAGAGUUUAGAAAGAUGCUCAGGAGAGGUGCUGGCAAAAAAGUUGAGGAGAAAAAGGAAGGUGACAUUGACGACUCCGUAUGGGAAUUGCUGCUGAGUGCUGAGAAGAAAGACUAUGAGCACAUUUGCAUCGAGUAUGGCAUCACUGAUUUCCGUGGCAUGCUGAAGAAACUGGCCAAGAUGAAGAAGGAAAAAGAAGAGGAGCAGGCACAGUUCAUCCAACAUCUCAGUAAUCUCAAGCCCAUUGAGGUGAAAUCUGAGGAUGCUGCAACCUUUGAACUGGAAAUGGAGCUCAAAGACCCCAACAGCCGCAUUUUUCUGUAUAAGGACGGCAUCAUGAUUCCAUUCAGCAAAGACACUGAAAGCGAAAUAAAGCACGGUCUAAAACAAGUUGGCAAGAAGUACAUCUUCACUGUUAAUAGUCUCAAUCCAGAAGAUGCCGGAAUCUAUCAAGUGGAUGUUGAGGGUGUCAAUAUCUUUUCAACGGAUUUCAAGAUUCCCCCUGUGGAGUUUGCCCUGAAGAUCAAGGAGGUGACGGCCCAAGAGAGAGAGGAUGCCAUCUUUGAGUGUGUUUUAACUCAGCCCAUUAGUAAGAUUAGUUGGACCCUAAAAAAUACACCUCUCUCUAACAAUGAAAAGUAUGAGAUUACUUGUUCUGAAGAUAAACUGGUCCACCGUCUGAGAAUUAUUGAUUGUAUGCCUUUGGAUGCUGGAAUCUAUGCUGCUAUAGCUGGCAUUAAGUCUAGCAGUGCUUGGCUGAUUAUAGAAGGUAAGUACAACUUUUUUUCACUUAUUCCCCCUGUGGAGUUUGCCCUGAAGAUCAAGGAGGUGACGGCCCAAGAAAGAGAGGAUGCCAUCUUUGAGUGUGUUUUAACUCAGCCCAUUAUUCCCCCUGUGGAGUUUGCCCUGAAGAUCAAGGAGGUGACGGCCCAAGAGAGAGAGGAUGCCAUCUUUGAGUGUGUUUUAACUCAGCCCAUUAAUAAACUGGUCCACCGUCUGAGAAUUAUUGAUUGUAUGCCUUUGGAUGCUGGAAUCUAUGCUGCUAUAGCUGGCAUUAAGUCUAGCAGUGCUUGGCUGAUUAUAGAAGCGGCAGCAGCUGCCGCAGCUGCGGCUGCUGCUAAAGCUGCACAGGAUGCACUUGCAGCAGCUAAAGCCAAAGGUAAAUCUGAGGCUGAAGCUAAAGCCGCAGCAGAAGCAGCUGCUCGGGCUGCAGCAGCUAAAGCCAAGGCCACUGCUGAGGAGGAGGCCAGGAAGCAGGCUGAACUCAAGGCUUUAAGUGAAGGUCUGAGUGCUGAGCAAGCUGCUGCAGCAGGGGCUGCGGCAGCUGCUGCGAUGGCUGCACAGGCAGCUGCUGCAGCAGCAAGUCUUGGGAAGGAUGGAGCUGCAGGUGGAGUAGGAGGUAGUGCAGCAGCGGUGGCAGGAACAGUAUGGGCUGCAGGUACUGGACAAGCUGGGGGAGCCGGAGGAGCUGGAGGAGCCGGUGGAGCAGAAGGUGCUGGUGGAGCCGGAGGUGCUGGUGGAGCCGGAGGAGCUGGUGGAGCCGGAGGAGCUGGAGGAGCCGGUGGAGCAGAAGGUGCUGGUGGAGCCGGAGGUGCUGGUGGAGCCGGAGGAGCUGGUGGAGCCGGAGGAGCUGGAGGAGCCGGUGGAGCAGAAGGUGCUGGUGGAGCCGGAGGUGCUGGUGGAGCUGGAGGAGCUGAUGGAGCUGGAGGAGCCGGCGAGGCUGGAGGAGCUGGAGCUGCUGGUGGGGCCGGAGGAGCUGAUGGUUCUGGUGGAAGCGGUGGUGAGGGAGGAGAUGGAGGAGACAAGAAGCGUCAAAGAGCAGGACCUCUUGUACCAGAGACUGUCGUAGGAAACUCAAACACACCCAGCACAGUUCCAGAUGUAAGCAUGGAAGGGGAAGCCGAGGGCCAUACUCAUGUAAGACAAGGCCCACUGAUACCAGACACAGUGACUGGUGGCGGUAACCCAUCAGAUAAAGAAAAACCAGCAGGGUCUGGCAAACCAUCAGGUUCCGGUAAUCCAUCAGGUUCCGGUAACCCAUCAGAUUCAGGAAACCCAUCAGGUUCUGACAACCCUUCAGGUUCCAGUAACCCGUCAGGGUCCGGUAGCACUUCAGGUUCUGGGGACCCACCAGGCCCAGGGAAGCCACCAGGUCCCGGAGGCCCAUCAGAGGGCAGCACUGAAGCUACAGAGGAAGAAAAAGAAGCUGAAGAUGAGAAGGACGAGUCAGCUAAAUUUGGCAAGCGUUCAGGCCGUAAAAAGCAAGACCCACAGGUUCCGGAGACAGUUGUUGAUCCCGGUGUUCACUUUUCUGCUGGGCUGGAAGACUGCAAAGCUAUUGUGGGAGAGGCAGCUGAACUUGUCUGCAAACUUAGCAAUGCUGACUGUAAAGGUGUCUGGUCCAAAGAUGGCAAUGAGAUUACUGCCUCCACUGAGGGUAUGACUAUCAGUAAAGAGGGAGUGGUUCACAAACUGACAAUUACUAAAGUAACAGAAGAAUUUGCUGGAAAAUAUCGAUUUGAGGCUGAUGGGCGUAAAACCGAAUGUGUGAUUGCUGUUGAAGAUCCACCAAGAUUCAAUGCCAAGGAAAUUGAAGCAUUUGCAAACCCAAUUGUGAUCAAACGCAAUCAUAAAGCCACCUUCAAAAUUCCAUUUAUUGGCUGUGAGCCAUUCAAAGUCCAGUGGUACAAAGAUGGUGAAGAGCUCACGCCAGACUCUCACUGCAAGAUUGAGAUUUCAGAGGCUGAAAGCCGCCUGCUUCUCACCAAAUUACAGCGUAAAGACACCGGGGAAAUAAAAAUCAAAGUCAAAAAUGAGUUUGGCACAGUUGAAGCCAUUUCUAAUCUAGUGGUACUUGAUAAACCUACCCCCCCUCUUGGACCACUGGAGAUCGUUGAAGCAUCUGCCAACUGCAUUGAGGUCAAGUGGAGACCACCAAAAGACAAUGGUGGUUGCCCUAUUAAACAUUACAUACUUGAGCGUAACCAAAUUGGACGCAACACAUGGAAAAAGAUAAGCCAGAUCCCAAGUGAAGCCCACUACAGAGACACUGAUGUUGACCAUGGCAGAAGAUACUGUUAUCGUAUCAGAGCUGAGACUGAUGAGGGCAUCAGUGAACUGAUGGAGACUGAGGAUGUGCAAGCUGGCACUAAAGCAUAUCCUGGUCAGCCAUCUGCUCCUAAAGUAGCCAGUGCCUUUAAAAACUGCAUUAACCUGGCAUGGACUCCUCCAACCAACACUGGAGGAACCAGUAUUUUGGGUUAUAACUUAGAGAAACGCAAGAAGGGCAGCAACUUGUGGGGUCAAGUCAAUCCAACAGAUCAGCCAAUCCAAGCAAAGAAAUAUGCUGUAAACGAUGUAGUUGAAGGAAUGGAGUACGAGUUCCGUGUGUCUGCCAUCAACAUUUCUGGAGCUGGUGAACCAAGUAUCCCCUCAGAAUUUGUGUUUGCCAGAGAUCCCAAAAAACCCCCUGGUAAGGUAAUUUACUUUAAAGUGACAGACUCCACCUACACUACCUUGUCCUUGUCUUGGACUAAACCAAAAGAAGAGCCUGGUGUUCAGGAUGAGGCCAAGGGAUACUUUAUUGAUGUCAGGCCUGCUGAGAACACAGAAUGGGAUCGAUGCAACACAAAUGCCAUCAUCAUGACCUCCUACACUGUAAAGGGACUGAAAUCAAUGGCCAUGUAUUGGGUUAGACUGAUCGCCGUCAAUGAAGGUGGAGAGGGUGAGCCACGGGAGCUGGAUAACUACAUCUUGGCUAUGCCUCCUCCAGUGAGACCGAGAUUCACAGAUUCUAAGAUCAAGAGCUUCAUGGUGGUCAGAGCUGGAAAUUCUGCACGAUUCAACAUCAACUUUGAGGCUUCCCCAUGUCCUGAUGUCAUCUGGCUUAAAGAUGGUUCCCCUGUGUCCAAACGUGCCACUAUAAGCAAUGCUGAGGGAGGCUCUCAGAUCCUGAUCCCCUCUGCAGAUCGUUCCGAUACAGGAAUCUAUACCAUCAUAGUCAAGAACAUUGUGGGACAAGAGACCUUCAGUAUUGAGAUUAGAGUUACAGACGAGCCAAAGCCCCCUGGCCCCGCAGAGUUGGAUGAGAACGUUCCGGGCACGGUGACAGUUUCCUGGGAACCAUCCCCAGACGAGAAACGCGAUGAUCGCCUGCAUUACAUGGUGACCAAGAGAGACUCCAGCAAGAGGACCUGGCACACUGUAGCUGACUGUAUCUUCAACAACCGUUUCACAGCAUGUAACAUCAUGACAGGGAGAGAAUACCAGUUCCGUGUGUUCUCCAAAAAUGACAUUGGCCUGUCUGCCCCUUCAGAGUCACCAAAAUGGCUUAUCACAUGCAAGAAAGAAAAAUUCACACUGAACAUCCCAGAGUCGAAGACCUGCAACUUGGAGAGUCCUCCUAGGUUUAUGGUCCCCCUGAAAAUCCACACAUCCCCGCAAGGCUACGAGUGCUACAUGAGCUGUGCCGUGAGGGGCAACCCCACACCCCACGUCACCUGGUACCGCAACAACGUCAGCCUCAACACUAACACCAACUACUACAUCACUAACACCUGUGGAGUGUGCUCCAUGCUCAUUCUCAGGGUUGGAGCCAAAGACAUGGGAGAGUAUAAAGUCAUAGCUGAGAGUCAGCUGGGAAGAGCAGAGUGCACCACCAAUCUGGCAGUGAGAGAAUAAAACCUUGACAUGGGGAGGAUGUCAAAUCACUGUUGUGUUUUUUGGAUUUUAGACCCUUUGUAGAGCUACAACAUUGGGUAUUUUUACAGAAAAAUGGCUCAUGAAAACGCUACACAGUGUGGCCUUAUGAGACAAAAAUGGUAGAAUCAAAUGCAUGUGAAAAACUACAUAUCGUCUUACUUACUGUGUUUAAUAGCACAAAAACCUGAAAACAUAAAGAAAAAAA